AUGGACAAGCCCUCUGCUGCAUCUAACGACGCUGCUAGUUCCGCUGCCGGUGCUGGUGCCGCCUCGUCUAGCAGCAAGGCCAACGGCACUUCUGGCUCUAAUGGCCUGUCGUCACCGCCGCACAGCUCUUCGACCGGAAGUCAGACCUCGAAACAAUCAUCGGCUGCCAAUUCUGUUGCAGAGUCGCCGGCCGCUUCACGAGAUGGUUCGCCCUCUCGGCAUCCACGUGGAGCUACUUCGUCUCAUCCUAGGCACAGCGGGAGCAGGUCUCGCAAGAACAGUCAUCAAGAGUUGAGCCCAACGCGUCAGCUACGACAAGGUAGCCAAGACCAAGGUACACCGACCCGAACUUUGUCAUCGACGGCCACGCCGGACCUGCGCCCUCACAUCAGAGAACCCCCGAUUUACGCGCCAACGCCGCAGAAGCCAUCAGUCCUUCCGGACUUGAAGGAUAAUCCGAGGUGGCCAGUGUCCCCACGACUACGAUCACCUCCACCUCAUCUUGCUCGACCCAGGGCGACGACUCCUACACGCCGCAAUGAACAGGAGGCUCCAGCGAUCAGUAUUCAAAGGCCAAGUCCAUCACCACACGUCCCAGAUACGCAAGCGCCAGCCUUGGACAGCGACACAGACGAUUCCCACGCCCCCUCAGGUGUACGAACUCCGGCUCGAGGGCUAUUGGAAACUGUCCAAGAAGUCAGCCACAACAACUCGCCUGCACGGCCUAGCGAUUCUGCAUUGCUGGAACAAGUCAAGGAGAAGCUUGGAGCCCCUGACAAUCACUCGGACGGUGCCGUCAGCGAUGGGGGCCGUACCUUCAAGUCGAAGAUGAUCCCCGUUUAUGGACAGUACGGAGCCGAUGGCGGCACCACCAGAGCAGACUCAAGAAGACCAAGCUCCGUCCCCCCUCCACCAUUACUAUCCAGACAGUCUAGUACCAUGCCUGGAAAGCAAACCAAAUCAAAGCCAGAAACAGGUUCUACUCAGAGCAUGACUGUCGAGACUGAGACGGUCUCCAGCAUUCCACAGGUAGCACUCACGACGGCUACGAAAGAAGGGGGCAAUGGAACGUUGAAAGCCAAGCCAAGCACGGAAACCAUCAAACCUAAGAAGGAAAAGAAAAGGACCGCUAGGAAGCAACCAGCUGUUAAUGCUGGUACAGCCUCGUCCAAAGCCGACAACUUUGAGGCCAAGAUAGCUAGUGCUGUUGAUGAGGCCAAUACUUCUGAUUCUGAGGAGACGUUUGUCUAUGAUUCGAAUCCACCAGACAACACGGAAAGGACGAACCGUCGCUUCCAUUCUCGGACACCCAGUGCUACAUCCAUGGCCAGUCAGGUUGACCGACAAAAUCUGCGGUCUAUUUAUGGCGUCAUGGAGGGGGCCAGCCACGGGCCGGUUGCCAAGAAAAGCAUGAAGUUUGUGAAUACUUUUAAUGGCAACGCUAGUGACAGCCUUACACCUGGGGAUGAGGACGGCAAGGGCAGUGGACGUAGCGCUGGAGGAUCCGCCAGAGGAACGGUGCGACAUCAUCACCACAUUGGUCGAUGGGGGCGACAGCCAGGCAACGGCCACGCUUCGCUGUUCGACAACGAGUCUCCGUUUCCCAAUGCAGCCAAGUCAAAACUCCCCCCUAGCAACAAUGCCAACAACCCUCGCAAUACCUCCAAUACUUCAAGCCCGAGGGCAUUUCUCUCUACUCGCGGGCAUCUAAAUCAAAAACACUCCGCGAUGCAGAUGUCGUCGAGUUAUGAUUUGGACGACACUACCAACGCCGACGAUGAACGGACGCCCUUGAUUGGCACUACACGCUCUGCACGGGGCGGGCGACGACGUGGACCUCACACACUGCGCCAAGCCGAGUCCCAGACCUACACUAGGCGGUCAUCAUAUCUCAAUCGUUUCGCCGCGUGCCUUGUGCUGACAAUGAUGCUACUUUUGGUCAUCACAGGAGCCAUUGGGUUUAUGUUUGCUACUUCUCAGCCCAUGACAGACAUUGAAAUCGUCUCGAUCAAGAACGUUGUUACGAGCGAGCAGGUACUGAUGUUCGAUUUGACUAUUAAAGCACACAAUCCCAAUAUUGUUGUGGUUACAGUAGACCGUGCGCAUCUGGAGAUCUUUGCCAAGUCAGAACAUGCUGGAUCUGACUCAGACUGGUGGAAAUAUCCGGAGGAAUCCCACGAGAUCCACGCGAGAGAUGAUCCCCCAAAUGACCCACCGAAAGGUCCUGGAGAAGGCGAGGGGGAUGACGCCGACUCCAUGCCCAACAUUUUGUUAGGACAGAUCACCGAAUUUGACAGUCCUCUGACUUUUGGGGGCUCUCUGUUUCAUCAAGGUGCUUCUUCUUCGACAGGAGAGAUGCAGCUCCCAAACCCAGGAAACGGCACCACUGGCGGCCCCGAACGAUGGAACUGCAUUUAUCAGAAUGAGUUUGACCUGAUUGUGAAGGGAGUGGUGAAAUAUAACCUACCACUGAGUGCUCAAAUCCGUAGUGCUACAGUGUCAGGUCGGACGACAGUGAAGCCAAAUUCGGCGAACGACCCGUCCCAUAAGCCGAACAGCACUAUUCUGGGCGGGUAG